AUGGCGAUCACUGAGACUGACGUCUUGACCAAUUACCUCCUCAACCCCGCGCCUCUGCCGUUGGUCGUCACAUUCGAGCGCUUCGCUGAGCACUUUCCCCCAGCGCAACGCGACGCACCCGCCGUGCGAGCGCUAUGGCAGGAUCUUGUCGCGCAGCGGGAACGCGUCUUGGCGGCGGUGCGAGAGAACAUUGAAGAGGAAGUGGUGCGAGGAAGGGCGAUGCGUCGCGAGGUGCUGCGGAAGAGGAGAGAAGAGGGCACCGACGAGGUUGAUGCCGAGAUUGAGAUGGAGCGAGCGCUAUUCGGAGAUCUGUCCGGCGCAAAGCGCGCGAAGCACACUCUCGACUCGAUCAUUCCUGAACUGGAGAGCGCAGCUCUUGCCUUGGAGGCUGAUGUUGCAAAGCUACAGGAUGAAGAGGUAAAGCUCCUCGAACUGGUCAAGUCCAACGUCGACAGCCUGAGCGACCUCCGCUAUGGCAAGUUCAGCAACGCAAAGAUUCGAGACGAGGUGCUUGAUGGAUUACGCACGCUGCAGGAGACAUGCAGUAACAAAUGA